CUUCGGGGUUAUCAGUCUGCCGCACGCUAUUUACGAUCAUAUCCCCUGCUAUUCAUAAUAGCGCCUGAUUCAUUCAUCGGUCUGUACGAUAAUUCUAUUUUGUCGAUUUUUGAAGCGGCCUUUCCUUCUUUCCGCACGGCGUAUACAACAGUCAUUGUCCCCAUUGGGCGACCGGUUUUGCUUUAACGAUACAAAAUGUCUCUCAGCAAUCUCUCCCACGUUAUCUCCCACUUGAACAAUGUCAACAAGGCUCGUCUCGCUCUCACCUCGAUCCCCAACACCAAGCUACAUCUGAAGCUAUGCCUUGCUCUUCAAAAUGACGGAUUGGUCUCCGCGGUUGUUCGCGGAGGCACGAGGCCUCCUGCUCCGCAUCAACUCCUCGGAAUCCCCGCCGCAAACGAUGAGAAAAUUGGCCUGGAACCUGUGACCCAGACCAACGUCGCCGACAGACGCCUCUGGCUUGGACUGAAGUACUGGCGGACCGAGCCUGUUUUGGGCAAGAUGCAAAUGGUCAGCACGCCCAAAAAACGAGUUACUAUCAAUUUGAAAGGCCUCCGUAAGGUGUGUCAGGGUUAUGAUGCUCCCUUUGUGCGGGGAUUGCGGUCGCCUGGUGAGAGCUUAUACGUUUCAACGGACAAAGGCAUCAUGGAGGCGAGAGAGUGCGUUGAGAAGAAGUCCGGCGGUAUGGUCCUGUGCCGAGUCGAGAAUCAUUAGGGUAGAUGAAGAGCUCUAUAUUUGAGAGUUGUCUGGGCUUUGCAUUUGAACCGGAGUUUGGUCAGUCGCAGUGUCUCCUCGCAUGCUGUGUAUGUUUUCCUGCACCUGCGACUGUUGGUUGGAUACCUUGUAUAGUAACAUAACUCAUUUUCUUCAUUCACUACCUCACUUGCUCCGCUGUGCCCGGGUUCCUGGUUCUAUGGCUUGUAUUAGUGACAACUGCAGGCGAUCGAAGUCUAAACUGAGAUGCCUUCUGAUCAGCGGGUAUCGGGAGGUGCCCAGCGUUUGAGCUGGUCAUCCUCUCUUCAUACUGGGAUUGAACAGAAGUCAUGCGACUUGCGAGCUUCCGUUGUCGCGAAGCCGUGCAUUUUCCGGCGGCUAUGAGCUAUUAUGGCGCUCGCUGAGUUGUUCUCGGAUGCCUCUUGACUAAG